GUUUACCUUUGUUUUGGUGGCGGAGGGUUUGUUAGUUUAAAUACCGAGUUUUAGUGAAUUCGAAAGUAUAUGGAGCUGGACUUGGACUAAGACAAUUUAGUGCUUGGAAGUUAUGGUACAGAUGUUUUCGGUGCUAUAGAUGUCUUCAACGGUAUAUAUCAUCGAAUCGACAGAUUCUCAGUGCACGUCGUGAGGCAAUUAGUACGAAUCUUUGUGUUGAGUUAUUCAACCUGUUCCCCGAACCUACCAACCAUUUGAAAUCAAAAGAAAUAUGCUGAAGACAAUGGCGUUCUGUUACAUUUGUUUCCUUUUUGCCAUUGUUGGUGUCAUACUGUCGAAUUCAAGAAGCAUUUCCGACACUGAGGACAUUUGUGACGGUGUCUGCUGGAACUGCUUAAAUUGCAGUGGACGGACUGCUUGCACGAAAAGGAGAAAAUGCCACCAGAAGAUGUGUGAUGAUGACAGACACGGUUUAAUGUUUAAGGAAAACUGCUGCUUCAGGAUCCAUAAAGAUUACAUGACCUCGAACUGCAAAAGGAUAUGCUUUUCAGGUUUAGUUUUGAUGCACAUAAUCAUAAAAGUGUAUUAUAUAGCAGUGUAUUUAUAAGCUUGGCUUACAAGCGAGUUUAAAAAAAAACUACAAAUUAUCAAUUCAAUUUGUCGUUGUUCAUUCUUAGUUGAAUAAAUACUGAACAAGUACAUAAUGUUUUAAUUGUUUUCCGAAUUGCAUUUCAGAAGAUGAAAAGCUGCAGUUAAUGGCUGAAGAAAUCAUCAACAUCCGUAGGCAGCUAGGAGAAAAAAAUAAACAGUUGGAGACAAGAGACGGCGAAAUAAAAGAGCUUAAUAAAAAAAUUAAAGGUUUCACAGAAAAUGUCAACAAUGACAUUCAGUUUUGUAAAGAGGCUAAAACAACAGACGAAACAGUGGUACGCCAACACGACGAAGAUUGCCCAGUGUUUUGUCCACUUGCUGUAUUCCACCUUUGUGUCAUAGUUAUUAUCAUAGCUGUAGUAUUUAGAGAGAAAAUAUCCCAAAUUGUACUUGUCGUAUGGCUUCGAGAGAAAAUAUCCCGUCUUGCUUUUUGUUGCCAUAAACAAUUUCCAAAAUGUCCUGCAAUGUGGAAUCAAUCAUGCAAGGAUUCAAUUGUAAAGAAAAAGACAGGGAACCAUAACGAUGAUGAAUCAAAGCCUUUUUUUGAUGAUCACGGUCUUCAAAUCGGAAGAGAUAACAAAGUUAAACACAUUAAUGAAUUAGUUGAACGUAAUAAAGAGUUAAAUCAUACCGACGUAGCAAAAGAAAAGCAGACAAACGAGACGACUGUUUCUGCACAGAUAAAUUCGCAAAAUGAGUAUGAUACAAAGGAUGGGGCAGUUUAUAUACAAAGCUUAGACAGUUCUAAUAACGCUCCAGAGAAUAUAGUUAAUAUAUCAGAGAAAGUACUAAGUGGUGACUGUGAUGGUAACGCUUUAGAGAAUGCAGCAAAUAAUGAUGCAGAGGAAAGUCGGGAUAAUGCAGAAAAUGAACACAGGCGGGGCAUUUGUAAAAACGAUGCAGAGGAAAGUAAGGAUGAUGUAAUGCAUACAGAUAGUGGUGACAUUUUAAAUAACUCUGCAUUAAGUGACGAAAGUUCUAACAACCCUACGGAUAAGUUUUCGGUGGAAGAAAGUGGUAGUGGUGUUGAAAUAGAAAAUAUUAGUGCUCCUGUAGCAGAUGUUUCCGACUCUUGGGGACAAAAUGCAUUAAACAGGGUGAAACUUGAUCCUCCAUCUGCUUCAUGUGGUCUACCAGAUCAACAAGACGAAAGGAAUACACCAGACAAUACACGGAUGAACAACGGCAAUCAGGAUAAGGAAGAACAUAUAAAAAAUGGCCAUAAAAGAGAUGAUGUACUGCCGACCGACAUGACCACAUGCCAUCUCAAAAUGGAAAUUUAUAACGAGAAAUAUACCAAUUCCAACACUCUGCCAAGUCAAUCAGAAGAACAAUUAUAAUGAUACUUCCGACCUUAAAAACACGAUUAUAAAUCCCAAGCUUACUUCGAUGUAUAAGUGAAAGACACUUAAAUAUUGUUAUUGAAGCAGGAUGGUUGCUUAUGCGUUUUGAGCUUCUUAUUCGAAAAAAGGAUAGCUAUACUACUCACCCAAGCCUCUGCCUCGGCGUCGGCGUCGGCGUCACACCUAGAAUAAGGUUUUGCAUGUAAGCUCCUUUAAAUCAUUAUCUCAGCAAAAUCAUAAUCUAUUGCAUUUUAAAUUUAGAUAUGUUUUCCCAAUUAUCCAAUUGACUGAAUGAAGAUAAUGUUCAAUGAGUUAGAUGCACCUUUUACUGUUGAUGUUUUAAGUAGAGAUAUAAAGACGUCAAAUCUAAGUCGAAGUGUUGGGCCCGAUAAAGUUUUAAAUGAGUAAGAUUUGAUAUAAAUCAGAAAUGACAUAUUUUAAACAAUGUUAUCUUUGUUGUACAAUAAACCUUUAGAAAUUG